ACAGAGGAAGGCAGGAAGAGAACUGCAGGGAGCUCAGGCUGGGUCUGGCCAGGGGCAGUUGUAGCUGUGACCUGUCAGCCCAGACCAGUGUGGCGCCUGCUAGUGCCCGGCUGCGUGGGGGACACACAGGGAGCGAGACCGUGGUGGGGGAAGAUGUGGCCUGUGCCGUGGGUGCUCUGUGCAGUGUGGGUGACGGUGCGAGGCAUCUCCGUGGAAACCCCACAGGAAGUCAUUCGGGCUGCCCGGGGAAAGAGCGUCACCCUUCCGUGCACCUACCAGACUACUUCCUCCACCCGAGAAGGAUUGAUCCAAUGGGACAAGCUUCUGCGGAGCCAUUCAGAAAAAGUGGUCAUCUGGAACUUUUUAGAGAAAACUUACAUCUACGGGGACCGUUACCAGAACCGCGCCAACAUAUCGGCCAACGCCGAGCAGUCAGACGCCUCGGUCACCAUCGGGCAGCUCACCAUGGAUGACAACGGCACCUAUGAGUGCUCAGUCACCCUGUUGACAGACCUGGAAGGCACCUCCAAGUCGCGCGUCCGCCUCCUGGUCCUCGUGCCGCCCUCCAAGCCGGACUGCGGCAUCGUGGGAGAGACCGUGAUUGGGAACAACAUCCAGCUGACCUGUGAAUCCAAGGAGGGCUCCCCGGCACCUCAGUACAGCUGGAAGAGCUACAACUUGCAGAACCAGGAGCGGCCACUGGACCAGUCAUUAGUCUCGGGCCAGACCGUGUACCUGAAGAACAUCUCCACGGACACCUCGGGGUUCUACCUCUGCACCUCCAGCAACGAGAUGGGGCAGGAAUCCUGCAACAUUACUGUGGGCGUCAGGUUACCCUCCAUGAACGUGGCCCUGUAUGCGGGCAUUGCCGGGGGCGUGGUGGCAGCCUUCAUCAUCAUUGGCAUCCUCAUCUACUGCUGCUGCUGUCGACAGAAGGACAAGGUCGAGGACAAGGAGGACGCCCGGCCGAACCGGGCCGCCUACCAGGAGCCGCCAGAGCAGCUGAAAGAGCUUUCCAGGGCGAGGGAGGAAGAGGAUGAUGACGACAGGCAGGAUGAGCAGAGGCACAGGGGGCGCCAGACCCCUGACCCCUGAGGCCAGAGAGCAGGCCUGCUGCAGGGGGAUGGAGGCUCCAGUGCGCUGCUUCCAAGUGCAGCCUCCUGCACGGCUGUGUCUUCCCCUACGUCUGCUGCUGGGGGCGGCGGGGAGGUUGGCCAGCCUGGGCCAGGGGACCCUGCCUGUGACUGCCCACGCUGCCCUGUGAAGGGAUGCCUCCCCCACUGCUGCGCCUGGCUCAGGGCCUGCCCCUCCCCCUGGCCCAGGCUGCAGCCUGCACUUACCCCUGCACAGCAGGAGCUCCUGGAAGCGCAGGGCUGAGCCCUGAGUGCUGCUGAUGGCAACUUGCUGAGCUGUGCCAGUGUCAGGAGGGCAGGAGCUGGCGCCGCUCGCCGGAGAGCCCAGCACCUGCGGGGUGGGAGGGGCACCAGCAGAGGGUUUGCACUCAAUGCAUUUCUGCUGAACGAACUAAAGAAUAAACGGGUGUGUGAAGGA